AUGUUGCAACAGAACGGGUACAUAUCUCAGAUUAAUACACCUACUAGGGUAGAUUCUAACUCAUCUACGAUUAUCGACCACAUAUUUUUGAAGGCAAACAGAUUUAAGGUCUCUGAAACAGCAAUUGAGUGUAAACCAAUACUUUUGGAAAAUUGUAUGACCGAUCAUUAUCCUGUUUUGUUCAAUUUUAGGACCUAUAUAAGAAAAAAAGAAAACCUAAAGCCACUCACCGAGUAUGUGCUGAUACAGGCUAAAGAGUUGAGAGAAAAGGGGCUAUCAUUUAGGGAAAUAGGAAGAGCCCUUGGCUACGAUGAAUCAACUAUUCGAAAGAGGAUAAAAGCUGGCAGUGGCGUAAAUUCAUUAGGGCGGUUUCGAAAAGUAUUUACUGCAGUGCAAGAACAACAGAUGGUGAACCAUUGUAAGGCAUUGGACUUACGUUUCUACGGACUUACCUUGAAGUCGCUCCGCUUUCUGGCAUAUCAGUUCGCACACAGAAAUGGUAUCCCUCACCCAUUUAAUAAUGAAACUAGACUAGCAGGUAGAGAUUGGACGAGACAAUUCAUGAAAAGGAAUCGACUUUCAUUGCGUACCCCUCGAAAAACUAGCGUAGCUAGAACAAUGGGAUUCAACCAGCAGCAAUUGUCUCAGUAUUUCGAAAAUUUGAAAUAUGUCCUUGAGAAGUACAAAUUUCCAGCUAACAGAAUUUACAACAUGGAUGAAAGUGGAUUUCAAACCGUCCCAAGUAAAUUACCGAAACAUGUGGCUCCCACUGGAAAAAGAGAAGUAGCCAAAAAUGUAGCUGCUGAGCAGGGAAAGACUGUGACAGUGGCAUGCUCUAUGAGUGCAACGGGUCACUAUGUUCCACCAUUUUUUAUUUUUGCGCGAAAGAGAUUAAACUCUCUUUUGAUAAAGGAUGCUCCAAGUGGUUCAGCUUUAGGUGUAACGGACUCAGGAUACAUGAAUUCACUAAGAUUCGUAGAUUAUUUAGAGCAUUUUCGCAAGUACACAAAUCCUACUUUUGACAGCCCUAUACUGUUGAUUCUGGACAAUCACAUUUCUCAUACCAGCCUGCAGGCGAUAACCUACGCAAAGAAUAAUAAUAUACACUUGCUCAGUCUUCCACCACAUAGUAGUCACCGUACACAGCCCUUGGACAGAAGUUUUUUCAGGCCACUUAAAGAAAACAAGCCCGAAGGCGAUAACGAAGGGGGAAAUGUAGCAGAGGGCAUAGGUGAGGAGGGCACCAGUAGAGAGGGCAGUAGUGGAGAGAGCAAUAGAGGAGAGAUAAAUAGUGGAAAUGGCAAUAGUGGAGCAAUAAUGCUCGAAUCUAAUGAAAAGAAAAAUAAUGUACCAGACAACUCCCUAAUUUUGUCGGAAGCAUCGUGCUCCUCACACUGUGAAGGUAGUGUUGUGCUACCUUCUGAUAUUAUUCCUCUCCCUAUAAUUUCUAAAAAGAGAAAGCGGACGAGAAAAGGACUCAAAUCUACUUUACUCACUUCCACUCCAAACAAAGAGGAAUUAGAAAAUAUAGAGCAAGAAAAGAAAAGAAAAAUGGAAGAAAAGGAAAGAAAAGCGAAGAUUAAAAGGGAUAAAAAAGUAAAAAGAAACGUGUUCAAAGAAAAACAAAAUCUCACAAGAAAAAAUAGCGAGACCUCAUCGGAAUCCGAAUCAGGACUUUCCCUUCACGAUAGUAGUAGCGAUUUGAAUCUUUCAACCAGUGAUGAGGAAACAGUCCGUGAAUUUACCCCAGGACAGUUUGUCGUUGUCAAAGUAUACGGAAAAAACAAAAAAUCAUUUCGCCAUUACGUGAUGCGGAUUAUUGAAGUGAUGGAAGAUGGUUGUAGCGGAAGGAGGCAGUGCGAAAGGAGACGCAGAAGAGCACACAAAGUAGGCAAUCGACUGUUGUUCAAAGGCAUCGGAAUGUCUUGUCCCGUUCACACAUUUAAUGACGACCGACGAAUUCUGAACAACGACAGACAUUUUUUGUUGCUUACGAGUACUUCAGAUACCAACAAUUUCAACAUACAACAACAGUUGCUUUGCCUGCAGUUAAAAGCGACUAUCGAUGUUGAGAAAUUCCUAAUCUAUACCAUUGUGAGAAGAUCCUCAUCGACUCAGAGAACUCAGAGAUUCAGAAGCAAUUCAAGCAGACCCAAGGUAGUUUCAGAUGAUCUAUGGUCAUCAACGGAGGUCAAAGGCAAUCUUUAUAUCCGUACAGGAACACAGGAACAGCUGAUGUGUUUCCGCCGCCGUUAUAACCAAUAG